AUGUCAACAGCUUAUGGUAAAGUGUUCCUAGUUAGAAAACGAGGCGGUUCCGACGACGGCCGUUUGUAUGCCAUGAAAGUACUGAAAAAGGCAACGAUAGUCCAAAAGAAAAAAACGACUGAGCACACUAAAACCGAAAGACAAGUCCUCGAGGCCGUCCGCGACAAUCCCUUCCUAGUUACCUUACACUAUGCCUUCCAGACGGAUGCCAAACUACAUCUCAUAUUAGAGAAAUCCUUCCAAACAUUGGUUGAUCCUAGAACAACUCAAAAAAAUGUUUGUAACCAUGCGCCAAGAUCUUUAUUAACGAAAAUUUGUUCUUGUUUAUUUUAA